AUGGCCGACGGCGGUGCAGCAGAGGUGGCAACCACGUUUGAGCCGUCCAAGCCAAACGUUCGUACAUUGGACACGCAGACGAAGCACGCAACCGGGCAAGCACAGCUGGAAAACGUUCGCUCUCCAACUUCGCCCGUCGUUCCCAGUAUGCCAUUCACGUUACCACGCCAUUCGUCCCUCGACAUUGACGACUACUUCACCGGCCCACGAGAUAUCUCGAAACACUCAAAAUGGCCUAUAUUUCUCCAGAUGCACGGCAGUAUCCUUCCCAAGAUGAUCCUGCCCCUGUUGUUCAUUGCCGGAUGGUCAACCGCCAUUACCGUCAUCAGCCUCAGGGUCCAUAACCUUGGUGUGCAGUCUGUUUUAUUGACCAUAACUGGUUUCGUCGUAGGUCUCGGCCUCUCUUUCAGAAACUCAACCGCCUAUGAACGUUAUGCCGAAGGCCGUAAAUACUGGGCCUCCCUGGUUACGGCGUCCCAGGUCCUAGGACGUGUCUUUUGGAUCCACGGCUUGGAUCGGCCAGACACCGACCCCCGAGAAUCUCUUCUCAAGAAGCUCAGCUCUAUGAACCUGCUUGUUGCCUUUGCUGUUGCACUCAAGCACUCCCUCCGCUUCGAGCCCUACGCCGCAUACCCUGAUUUGCAGAAUCUCGUAGGGCAUUUGGACACAUUUGCCAAAGAGGCAACAAACAAGGAUGCAUCGUCUGUUGCUGUCCCUAAAAAGAACUUUUUCAAGGGUGUAGGGGAAUAUCUUGGCAUCUCGUUUGCCGCCAGCAACCCACGAAAGACGCUGAAAAAGGCCACCCGCCCGCUUGGCAACCUUCCGCUUGAAAUUCUCAAUCACAUUGCUGUCACAAUCGACCAAAUGGCCAGGCAUGACCAGCUCCAGGUAUCCAUGCAGCAGACAUUGGCCUACAACAACCUCGUCGUCCUCAACGACGUCAUGACGGGAUGCGAACGAGUGCUCAAUACUCCUCUGCCUAUUGCAUAUUCUAUUGCCAUCAGUCAGAUUACCUGGCUUUACGUGGUGCUCCUCCCGUUCCAACUGGUCAAUUACGUGGAAUGGGUUACCAUCCCCGCAACCUUGGCUGCCGCCUACAUUAUUCUCGGACUACUUUUCAUCGGCAGAGAAAUUGAGAACCCUUUUGGGCAAGACGUCAACGACUUGCCGCUGGAUGGCUUUUGCGACCAGAUCGCCGCCGAGUUGGACAUCAUCGCCUCUUACGAUAUGCAGAACCCCUAUGGCUUCUUCUUCAACCCCGAGAACAUGCCUCUUUAUCCCGUUAGUGCUGCAUCUGCCGGUGCUUGGAUGCAACGAAGCGAGGAAAAGCUCAGACAAGCCAUCAAGACGAAGCCCACGACAACGUUCGAAUGGCGAAGGCCACGAUCUGGCCAUCACCAAAGUUCCAGCGACAAGCCAGGAGAUGAGAACGUUUAG